CCGGUGAGAGGGUAAUAUUUUUGUUGCUAUCAGCAAGAGCUUCCCAAGUGGCAUUAGGCUGGUCUGCCACCGCUUUGUGCUGUUUUCAGUUUUUUGGGCCUGAGCUCCCUGACGUUUUCCUGUCAUGGCUUCCAAAGUCAUACCCUGGUAUAAGAAGAAGGCUGUGAGCCAAGUUAAAACUGAUUAUGCUUAUCAUCACAGUAAACAUGUUGUCAAGCAGCAGACAGAAAGGAAAUCGAGCUUCCAGUCAGCACAGCAGGUGCAGACUCAGGCCACAGAGGCUAUGGCAGAACCAGCCUACACCAUCCCGGCUUCCCGGCAGCGGACUACUGCGGAAACCGAGGAGUACCAGAGAGUGAGUUCAAAUGUGGGAAAAGGUCUGGCUGUUAUUCAGGAGGAGCUGCACAGGAUGAGGAUUGCAACUAAAGCGCAAGUGGAAAGUAUUGCGAUCCAAAAAGAGGUGAAGGACAUGAUGAAAAAGAGAGUGGAUUUAUUGGAGGAAAUUCCCAAGAUGCCAGACUUCCUGGUGGCCCUUCGGCCCCACACCGUCUGGGAGAAAACCCCGGUGAAGCUGUUCUGCACUGUGGAGGGAAACCCACGGCCCAUUGUUAAAUGGUAUAAAGGAGGAGUUCCAGUCGACCCACUAAGCGCCCCGGGAAAGUACAAGAUUGAGAGCAAGUAUGGCGUCCACAGUCUGAUCAUUAGCAGGUGUGUAGUGAGUGAUACUGCAGAGUAUAGCGCCGUGGCAACCAAUCAGCAUGGCACAGCUACCAGCAAGGCCAUGGUUAUUGUAAAGAGACCAUCAGGAGCUGGAGAGUCCUGCCAGCUUGGUCUCGUCCCCCAUCUGACUGAGAUCCAUCCCAGUAAGCUUGAAGUCACCCUGCUGGAGAGAUUCCCAGUGAGCUUUGGGGUGGAGGGGAGCUCCAUCAGACUCUCCUGCACCAUGGUGGUGGUUCCUGACCUGCCCAACGUACCACCGCUGGCCCAGUGGUACCGAGACGACACGCUGUUGAAACCCAGUAACCUGGUGGAGAUGUCAGUGGGUGGAGGAGCAGCGUCUCUGACUCUUCCUCAGCUGGCCAAAGACGAUGAAGGACUCUACACCCUCCGGAUCUUCACGAAGGACGGCACCGCUGAGCACAGCGCCUACCUGUUUGUCUCAGAUGCUCCUGCGUCUGUGAAAGGAGCUCCUGGAGCUCCGAUGAGCGUCAAGGCGUAUGACGUCAACUCGGACUACGUCCUGGUUGCCUGGAAACCCCCCAACACAGUCAACGAGGCACCAAUCACCGGAUACUUUGUGGAUCGCUGUGAAGCUGGCACUGACACCUGGGUCCAGUGCAACCCGGCACCCGUGAAGGUCUGCAAAUACCCGGUGAGCGGCCUUGACGUCGGCCACUCCUACUACUUCAGAGUGAGAGCCGUGAACAGCGCAGGCAUCAGCAGGCCGUCACGCAAGUCUGGCAAAGUGACCGCCAUCGACGCCGCGGAGAGUCAGCGCCUGCAAGUGAUAAAAAUUGAAGGGAAAUAUGACAUAGUGAUCAAGGAUGAUGAACUGGAAGGCUACGUAACUAUCCCUGGCGAGCCCACGGACGUGCAUGCGUCAGAGAUUUUCAAAUCGUACGUGGUGCUGAGCUGGAAGCCUCCCAGCCCUCGCGGACGAGCUCCGCUCUGGUACAUCAUUGAAAAGUGCUUAGCAGGCACUGGAGCAUGGCAGCGGAUCAACACAGCCGUCAAACUGCACUCGCCCCGUUACCCGGUUUUUGAUUUGCAAGAUGGGCAAAAGUACCAGUUCCGAGUCUUUUCCGUCAACAUGUACGGCUCCAGCGAGGCCUCGGCGCCUUCGGAGCCCAUCCAAAAGGUCGAUGAGGAUGGCGUUCCCUCGGCUCCGGGGCAGAUUGUUGCCACCAGAAACACCAAGUCCUCUGUGUUUGUCCAAUGGGAAGCUCCAAAACAUCUGAAAAGCCUGCUGGGUUAUUACAUCGACGGCCGGGUUGUCGGAGCCAAGGAGUGGUUCCCCUGUAACCACAAACCGUUCAGACAUAACAGGUUUGUGGUCCACGGCCUCAUCCCAGGGGAGAGCUACGUUUUCCGCGUCCAGGCUGUGAACAUCUUUGGCCUCAGCGAAGAGUCUCAGGAGUCCUCACCCAUCGCCGUGGAGCCGGCUCUGGCGACUCCCAGCGCGCCGUACGGCAUCACCAUGCUGAGCUGUGACGGCUCUUCCAUGACUUUGGCCUGGAAGAAACCCAAACACUGCGGCGGAUCCAAGGUCAAGGCUUACUACAUCGACAAGCGGGACGCUGACACUUUGGUGUGGAAGGAGGUCAACCUGGCUGCUGUCACUGAACGGAUCUGCACUGUGGACAAUCUAACAGAGGGAACUUUUUACGAGUUCAGGAUCCAGGCUGCUAAUCUAGCUGGUGUUGGUCUACCAUCAGCUCCCAGUACGCCACUGAAAUGUGAAGCUUGGACCAUGGAGCAGCCAGGCCCGGCCUAUGACCUGAGCUUCAGGGAGGUCAGAGGUCAGUCCCUGGUCAUCCUAUGGAAAGCUCCCGUUUAUACUGGAGCCGAUGCUGUGACUGGAUACUUUGUGGAUAUGGCCAAGAAGGGUUCAAGUGAGUUUGUGACUCUGAAUGGAGACCCUGUGAGUCAUCGUUACCUGCAGGUGACUGGACUGGAGGAAGGGAGUAGCUAUGUCUUCAGAGUCCGUGCUGUCAAUUCAAAGGGAGUUGGAAAAACCUCUGAGCUGUCUGAGCCAGUCUGUGCCAAAGCUCUUCCAGGAACUACGGAGAUCGUAGCCGGUGUGGACGAGGAGACCGGAGAUGUUUUCCUGUCAUUUGAGGCCUGUGAGAUCUGUGAAACAUCCAAGUUUGAGUGGUCAAAGAACUACAAGCCCAUUGGUGAUUGCCCCAGAGCCACCGUCACAGCAAAGGGCAGAACCUCCAGACUGACCUUCACCAAUCCUGAUAAGGACGAUUUGGGCAGAUACUCUGUGGUCGUCACAGACACCGAUGGAGUUUCAUCCAGCUACACCCUGACUGAGGACGCUUUGAACACGAUGCUUGAGCUCAGCUACGCCAUCAGACAUCCAGUCGUUCCUCUGAAACACAACCUCAACUAUGAGAUUCUGGAGAAGGGACACGUGCGUUUCUGGCUGCAGGCCGUCAAGCUGUCUCCGUCUGUUUCCUACAGGUUCAUCGUUAACGACAAAGCGGUUACCAGCGGGGAGGGUCAGAAGAUCAACCAUGAUGUUGCUUCAGGGGUCAUCCAGAUGACCGUGGAUCAUUUCACCAGAGCCAACGAGGGAACGUACACCGUCCAGAUCAACGACGGCAAAGCCAAGACCCAGAGCUCCCUGGUGCUGGUGGGAGACGCGUUCAAGGCAGCUCUGAAGGAGGCCGAGUUUCAGAGGAAAGAGCACAUUAGGAAGCAAGGUCCACAUUUCUCUGAGUAUCUUGAUUUCACCGUCACUGAGGAUUGCACAGUGAUGCUCACCUGCAAGGUGGCCAACGUAAAAAAAGACACGGUUUUCCACUGGUACAAGGAGGAUGAUGAGGUUGUUCCUGAGACUGCGCCCAACGUCAUGUCUGGAUCCUGCGCUCUUCCUCUGCCUCUGUUCUCCAGAAAAGAUCAAGGCGUUUACAAAGCCGUUCUGAGUGACGACAAAGGAAAGGACACUUCUGUUUUUGACAUUUCUGGCAAAGUGUUUGAUGACAUCAUCAAUGCAAUUGCUCGCAAUGCUGGCGCGUCUGCCUCUGAGCUGGUCAUGCAGUGUACUCCAGAGGGCAUCAGACUGCAGUGCUACAUGAACUACUACACAGAGGAGAUGAAGACUGUCUGGAAGCACAAGGACAGUAAGAUUGCGUCCUCUGAGAAGAUGAGGAUCGGCGGCACUGCAGAGAUGGCCUGGAUGCAGAUUUGUGAUCCUUCCGACAAGGAGAAGGGUCACUACGCCAUUGAGAUCUCCGACGGCGUUACGACUCACACCCGGACCUUUGACCUCUCAGGACAAGCAUACACUGAUGCCUAUGAAGAGUAUCUACGGCUUAAGGCAGCUGCAUUUGCUGAGAAGAACCGCGGCAGAGUGGUGGGUGGACUACCCGAUGUGGUCACCAUCAUGGAGGAGAAGUCUCUGAGCCUGACCUGCACCGUAUGGGGCGAGCCGACCCCCGAGGUCACCUGGUUCAAAAACGAGCAGGAAGUGGCCUCCAACGAGCACACCAGGGUGACGUUCGACGGCGGGAAGUUCGCCAGCCUGGUCAUCAAUAAAGUCACCACCGACGACUCCGGCAAGUACAGCAUCAACGUGCGGAACAAGUACGGCGGCGAGUUCGUGGAGAUCACCGUCAGCGUCUACCGGCACGGCGAGCCGAUCCCCGAGCCCAAACUGGGACAGCCUAGAACGGCGCCGCCGGCCCAGCCUGUGGCGCCAAAAUCCCCGGCACCCUCCAAGACCCCGACCCCAUCCAAGCCCCAGACCCCGGCUCAGUCCAUGAAGAGCCCGACCCCGGCCCCCGCCGCCACCCCUGGCACCAAGUCGCCCACUCCUCCCCGCAGCGUCAAGUCCCCGACCCCGCCCCGCUUCAUGAAGUCUCCCACCCCACCCAGAAAGUGAGCGGAAGAGGCGUCGACGUCUGAGAGCAAAACAUUCACUGCUGGCAACAUGGAGGCUGAAAAUGGGAGAUGUUUAGUUUCUUUAGCUUAAAAAUUAAAAACUGCUGCUUAUACUUAAAUACAAGCUUUACAUUCACUACACAACAAGAGAAGGAAGAAAAAA